AAAUAGUUGGAAAGUUUGUAUUUAUCGCAUUGAUUUGUUGUAGAAAAUAAUGCUCACAUAACAAAUUCUGUUACGUUACGCUGGCCUAUACAAUUGAUUAACGAACUCGAAAAAGAAAUGGGGUGCUUAAGUAGUAAAGACCGUCUCACAAAAGAGGAUAUGGAAUUCUUGAAAUCUCAUACACGCUACGAUGAAGCCACAAUUAAAGAAUGGUAUAAAGGAUUCAAGCAAGACUGUCCCAAUGGCCGUUUGACGCCGGCCAAAUUCGUGGACAUGUACAAAAUGUUCUUCCCAUCUGGAAAUGCCGAGGAGUUUUGUGAUCACGUUUUUCGCACCUUCGACAUGGACAAAAAUGGUUAUAUUGAUUUUAAGGAAUUCCUUCUUGCUAUAGACGUUACAUCGAGCGGCACUCCCGAGGAGAAGCUUAAAUGGGCUUUUCGUAUGUACGACGUAGAUGGUAACGGCGUUAUUGACAUACAAGAAAUGACGAAAAUUGUUCAGGCCAUAUACGAUAUGCUUGGCGCGUGUUCAUCGAAUCGACCAGCAGAUUCUGCUGAAGAGCGUGCAAAAAAUAUUUUCGCAAAAAUGGACGAAAACAAUGAUGGUCAAUUAACUCAAGAUGAAUUCUUGAAAGGGUGUCUGCAAGAUGAGGAACUUUCAAAAAUGUUGGCCCCAUAAACACCAUGAAAACAAAUCCCAAAAACCAAAGAAAACACAAAAGAAACAAAAUGAAUUAAAAACAAAAAUAAAAAUAACCCAUUGCGGUUUAUGUAAUUUAUUGAAUCAUUUAUAUCAUAAAAUUUAUAAAUUUACAUUUCCUAAAAUGAAUACUAAGGCAUCUACUAAAAAUUAA